CAAAAAUCUGCAUAUUAAUGGUUGGUUUUUGUGGAUAGGUGAAGCACCUCAUCGAAAACGUUCAAAGUCUGAAGACUUGGACAGUCAGAGCUCCAAGCGUAGACGCUUUGAAGGUGAAGAAUAUGAAGCAGAGCUUAAAGUUAAAAUAACUGCAGGAGAUGAUCUCAACCAGAAGUUGCAAAAGGUCAUCCAGCGGAUGUUUGAGGAGAAGCUAAGUGCCUUGCAGUGUGCAGACUUUGAUAAAGCAAUAGCAGACUUGAAAACACGAGUUGAAAAAAUUGAAUGCAAAAAACAUGAGACUGUUCUGCAUUCCAUACAGGCUAAAAUUACAAGGCUGACAAAACGCUUUGGAGCUGCUAAGGAAGACCUCAAGAGGAGACCUGAGCAAACCACAGUUAACCAGUCUGCAUCACCAGGGAAGUCUGCAGUAACAGAUUCCACUCCAAACUCUAACCUUAAUUCAGUAGCUUACAGGAAUGCGGGUACUGUGAGACAAAUGUUGGAAUCAAAACGAAGUGUGGGAGAAACCACCACCACCACCACCACCACCACCACUGCAAAAUCUACUACCCCAAGCUCUUCUAAUUUAACACUACGAACAUCAGUAGCUGCUUCACAAAUACCGGUCAGCCAGCCAUCUGCUAAUGCCACUCUUCAAACCAGAGCACCACCUGACUGGAAGCUAAUUCAACAAAAAAUUAAUGCUCAGAACACUCAAAGCGCUCAGUCCAAACCUAAUCCACCAGUUACUUCAUCUCCAGUUAUCCCUUCUGUUCUCUCUGCAUCUAAUACUGCAACAGUUGUUGGAAACAGUCCGGUAUCAACCAGCAGCACCCAUCCAGUGUCUGUUUCCCUUCAGUCUUUGCCAGUAAUUCUACAUGUUCCAGUUGCUAUGCCUUCCCAGUCACAGAUCCUUCAAGGUACCACAGGAACAUUGGUGACUAAUCAGCAGUCUGGUAAUGUUGAAUUCAUACCGGUACAAAAUCAGUCUACAGCUGGUAAUGUUACAAAAACACCUGUGACAUUACCUGUAACAAAGACAGUCAACAGCCCUUCAAUGUCUAGCCCAAACAUUCAGAGGAAUUCUCCAGGCAGUUCUAUUCCUUCUACUAUGGCUGUCCAGGCUAUCCCUUCAAAUCAUCCAGUUACAUUAUCAUCCAGACAAUCACUGCCACCUGCGGGACCCUCUGGCGUCUAUAGCCAAACCAGUAAUCGAAGCACAGCACAGUUGAAAUCACCAGUAUCUGGAUUUAAUAAUUCAUCUGAAUCGUCUAUUGGUAGGACAGAUUUACAGGUUGGACGAGCUCCUGCAGCAGAACCAGCAGUAAACAAGCGUACACCUGAGAGCAGUGCACAGAGUGGUAAAUCUGCAGCUGGCGUUAUUGAUCUUACACUGGAUGAUGAAGAUCCUGAACUAUCCUCUCAAGAUUCGAGAAAGACGAGCUCUGCAACAGUUCAGUCACCCCAAUCAGUUGGUCGCCAAUCGCAACCUCCCCAGAUGAACUAUCUUCAGUCAUCUGCACCUGUAGGACUUUCUUCUCAGGCUACCAUACAUGUUUUACCAACAGCUCAGACAACUGUUAAUGUGACUCAGCGGCCUGUUACUCAAACGGCAACAAGGGCCUCGGCUCCUCGAGCACCACAUAUGGUUUACACUACAACUGCAUUACCCACCAUUCCUGCCCAGACACCUGUACGUAACACUGUCAUGCAAAGUCAGAACCUACGGCAGAUGACCCCACAAGCAGGAGGUGUGCCUGUAAGAAUGCCACAAACAACUGCAUAUGUAGUAAAUAAUGGAAUACCUAUGGGUUCUGGACCACAGCUCACUGUACAUCAUCGCCCACCACAAGAGCCAACAAGACCAAUCCAUCCAGCGCCACUUCCUGAGGCUCCUCAACCCCAACGCCUUCCUCCUGAAGCUGCUUCAACUUCUCCCCCUCAAAAACCGCAUUUGAAACUUGCCAGAGUUCAAAGCCAAAAUGGAAUUGUUCUUUCCUGGAGUGUAUUAGAAGUGGAUCGUAGUUGUGCUGUAGUAGAUAGCUACCACCUCUAUGCUUACCAUGAAGACCCAUCUGCAACAUCUCCUUCACAGUGGAAAAAAAUUGGGGAAGUGAAAGCACUACCUCUUCCUAUGGCAUGCACUCUAACACAGUUUGUUUCUGGCAGCAAGUACUAUUUUGCUGUUAGGGCAAAAGACAUUUAUGGCCGAUUUGGGCCGUUUUGUGACCCGCAGUCAACAGAUGUUAUCUCCACCCAGAGCAGUUAAUUUGGACCAGUGUCUGUACUACAAUUUACCUACUUUGUUCUUUAGAUUAACCUCAUGCAUGAACUUUGCUUUGAAGUAAUUACUGGGUUGAGAGGUUUCUAGCAGAUAUCCAGUGUCAAAAUUUCACUUACAAAGAAGUUCUAGUCUUGGGUCAUUGCUUGAACUGGUCUGCAGAACAUUGUACGGUUUCUCACCAUUUGUUAGUAUGAAAUUCUAAAAAUCAGUAAAGAAAAGCAAGAUUAAAAUGGCACAACUGGUCGUUUGAAAGAUUUUAAAACUUGUACAGA